CUUGUUGAAGGAUAUAAUCUUGAACACUACAGCCGGCGUGUCCCCCUUGGGGGAAAAAAAAGGCUUCCGAAUCAGCAUGCCGUUCAAAACUGCUUUGAUAUCAACCUGGUCUGCGCUUCGGACAGUCCCCUCACGCGCAGGCCAUGCAGUGCGUCUUGCUUUGCGAAAAGCAAAGCUCCAGAUCCUACCUCAGUUGACCAAAUGGAAGGGACACCGGGAAGAGCCGAAGGUUGUGAUGUACAAGAAUCGCGGCAUUGCACUAUUAGACAUUCUAACUAACGCUGUGUCUCUCGGGGGUGUCUUGACGCUGCUGGUCUUGAAUAUCAACACCUUGUUCAUUGGGAGUCUCUCAACCUCCGCAGUGGCUGCCUUUCAAUUUGCGGCCAAACUGCUGGAGUUGCUCAUGCAGGCAUCACUGGCUGUCGUUAUGCUCGAUGCAAUCCGCUGGCAGAUCGUGCGGAAUCAAGACCUUCCGCUCGGCGGGCUCGUGGCCCCCUUGCGCACCACGGACGUGUCAUAUCUCUGGUCUUUGGAGUUUUGGGGUUCCUUAACCUCGAAAAGCUGGCGAGGCUACCGCAAAGCAUAUCUGGGCUUCUUGAUUUUCGCCACCAUCGUCCUCGCCGCCCUGGUUGGCCCGUCUGGAGCAGUCGCCCUUGUUCCCCGUCAAAUCACGCACUCCACUGCCGAGUAUCUCAACAUUUUGAAUCCUCUCGAUGACCUCUUCCCUCAUAGCAUCAGCUACCUAGACAGCGGCACUGCUUUCGAACAGGGCAUGACGCAGCUCGGCCAAUUCUAUGGCCCUGAGCCGUACCGGCUCCUUGACUCAGACGUCGGCAUACGACUAUUCGGAUUACCGUCUAAUUUGGGUUUACCCUGGUCUUCGGCGACGCUUCCUUCUCGCCACAUGUCGUUUGUUUUGCAAACACAAAGUGCGAACCUGCAGAGAGACUCGGCAUCUCCGUUCAAUGUCUUGACCAUGAAAACCUCGCAAGUUCUCGUUCAGAGCGCCUGCAACGAGAACGAUCUGUACGACUUUGAGCAUAACAAGACAUACUUGUCUUUUCCGAGUUCGGAAACACAACUCAACCAUCUUGUCACAUGGGGCGAAACGUUGGGGAACGUUACGGCUGAUGGCACGAUUCUGUUCUUCACAAAUCUACCCCCUUCUGCUCCUUCGCGGAGUUCAACUCUCAUGGUUUAUGGGACGACAAGCCCUGUUGACCGAAGCUACGUGGCAACUGCUUCAGCUUGCGUGAUCGAUGCGACGUGGACCAGUGUUACGCUAAACGCAUCCGCCGCCGACAGCAGCUAUAGUCAAGUCAACUACGUUCUCGAUACCCAUUACGACGGCGGCAUCCCUCAGCAUCUGAAAAUCGAGCUUCCGCGUGCUUGGACUGAUCGCCUUCGAUCCACAGUCUUGGCUUCCCAGUCCGCGCUCCAAUUCCUGACGAAUAAAGCGUCCCCAGAGCAAAUGAUCGCUUUGGUGCUUGCGAAUGGGGAUUACGACUAUCUCAGGUACAACGGCCUGGUCCUCAGCCGUGACGAUGGUGUGAACCCUGAUGAGAUCGCCCUUUAUACAUAUCUGAACAAAAGUCAUGCUUGGACUCGGUAUGCAGGUGUCUCGAUCGACAUCGACCAGAACGGGGCAUUGUCAAAUCCAUCUUCUCUCACCUAUCAAGUGGUCUCUCAGUCGCAACAAGGCUACGGUUACAACGCCGAGGACAUCACUGUGCAGCUGUCACUCGCAGUGCUCGGUGUGUUCUGUGUUUUUGUGGUGACGCAUAUAUUCCUACUUAUUCUCACCGGCUACACGGGGACCAGUUGGGACAGUAUCAGCGAAUUGCUGAUGCUGGGCUUGAUGAGCCGGAAGCCGGAAUACCUAGGCCCCCAUACCGGUGCGGGACUGGAUACCCUCAACAUAUUCCGUGAGCCUGUCAGCGUCAAGGUGAACGAUGAGGGACACGUCGAACUGGUCUUCGAGAAUGACACCGGCGGCAAGCUGGGGAGGAAUGGACCUGUAGUGGUCAACAAAGCUUAUUGAUUCUGAGAUACAGCGCUGGAAAAGAGACAGAUCUGGAGAGUAUCCGACUUGAGCUUCUGAAAUAUAUCCAGGUGUGUUAACGUAGCUCUCGUGCUACACCGGAAAAGAAGAGGGGAGAAUGGAAAGAAGUUGUCAGUACCAAUUACGGCACAGUCUGUGGCAUUGCCCGAACAAGUCC